GUGACAAACAUAUGUCAAACAUUGACCUCAUUCCUGCCCACCGACAUGCAGCAAUGGUGCAGCUGUGCAACAGCCUCCCGCCUGCAGGAUCUUCCUUGCCUUGACGUUAGCCUCCAUCACGAUGUCGCGAGUUGCGGACGCAGCACGCAUCGCUCCCUACCUCACCCACGCAGUCAGCCACCAUGGCCAGGUCACCCUGAUACCACCAGAUAAUGCUGGUCGUGUCCGAAAACCUAAGACAAAGAAGGGCGCCAGAAGGGCAGAAAGGCGAAGGGAUGAAGAAGAGAUUCGAUUUAAUGUAGGGCCUAGGCAUGGACACGCUAAGCCUUCUGGUCGAACUGCGACUCGACAGCCAAGACACCAUCGAGAUGACGACGAAAUGAGUAUUCCCGACUACCCUCCACCAUCGUUCCUCGAAGCAAUUUCGACACCACCCAUGUCUGUCUGUCCCAGCACCACGACGCUGGUGACCGCACCUCGACAGACGAACCCUGUCCAAAAUUCUCCUCAAAAUUCUCCUCCUUCCCCUACUAGUCUGCACUCGGAUGCAGACUCGGAUGAGUCGCUCGAGAUCAUUGAAAUGACCUCAGUUAUUGGAGCGACCGAGAAUCAAGCGAACAAACGGUUUCACAGGAGGUGGGCGCCGUCUUCCACGCACAGCGACCCAGUACACAACCGCGGGCGCAGACUGGGCACUGAUCGUGCUAUCCUAGACUCCGAUUCUGACGACGCUGAGCCAUCACCGCCACCACCGAGCCGUUCCAGACAUCUUUCCCUUUCUCCUUUCCGUCUUUUAUCUCCAAAGGCUCCAGCAGCUCAAUCAGAGCAACAGAACACUCCGUACCGGUUAUCUUCGCCAUUCCUGAGGAGCACGACGUCGUUAAGAGCAACAAUGUCUUCUACGUCCCUCAGACUUCCGCUGUCGCCGUCAUCUUCGCCGCGGGGAGACAGUCCUCUUGGACGCAAGCUAUUCUCGAAGGGCAAGGAACACUCGAGGAGCUGUGAAACAUUGGACUCUUGGGAGGUGUUAGAAUCAGAGAUAGAGCCGCCGACGAGCCUGCUAUCUGCAGUGGAGGCAGUAUCGUCUCCGGAUGCGUCGCCUACACACGACCAUCCUUUCCCGUCCACAAGUUCUAGCUUUCCACCACGUACACGCCGCCCUCCUCCGCCUCCACCACCACCUCGUCAGGCCAUCCAUCGGCCUCCUCCCCCGCCGCCCGGAGCUGCACAGCCUCAUAUUCUUAGCCGGCCCUCAUCGCCUCUAGCGUCUCCUAUAAAUUCUCUAGAGGCGAACGUCGCGCUCACAACCGACCGGAGCAAAGACUCGCCACUACCGCCGGGACCAGUUCCUUCCACGUUUGACGUUGAAGCUUCUGGUCCAUCGACCAGCCCAAGUCAAUACAGUCCGUCUGCUAAUACCGAGUCUCCUGUUCGAUCUGCGAGACCAUAUAUGCAUCCUUUGUCAACGGCUUCAUUUCCUAUUUCCCAACAGUCUUCCCCAUCAUCGGCUGCUCCCUCUCCAGCAUCCUCCGAAACACCUACACGCCAUCACUAUCUUGGAAGACCAUUGCCACCCCGUCCUGGGCAGGUAACAUCCCAAAAUAUCCCAGUCCAGCCUGCAUUUUGUCCCGAAGACCUUCUCAUCGAUUUCGACGAAUGCACGCCCGUCGUCACGCCCCCCGCUUCCUCCACUUCUGCGCGCGAAGUGACAGACAUUGACCUUCUUAUGGCAAGCUUGGAGCGCGACGAUGUAGCUGAUGGGUCGAACUACGACGUGAGAUCUCUUGAUACUCUUUACUCCGUCCGUCAUUCUGACUCUUUCAAAAUCAAAGACGUUGUUGCUAGUCUCGGAAAUUAUGGGGCCCGCCUCCGUCAUGCACACUCGAUCUUCGCCUCCGCUGCCCAUGCCUAAGCUAGGCUGUGUGUCAGUGGAGCGGCGGAGGGUGAUGAAAGACGGGAGGGUCAAGUUGAAGCUGGUUUUGUUAGGGAGAAAAGUAG